GCUGAUCAGAGGGAAAUGCAAGUGCCGGGCACUGAUGAUCAGUGCCCUGAUGACUGGUGCCCAGCAGUGCCACCCGCAAGUUCCGCCCACCUGUGCCCAGCAGUGCGCCCACUAGCUCCGCCCACCUGUGCCCAGCAGAUCACCCACCUGUGCCCAGCAGUGCACCCACCUUUGCAAAGCAGUGCACCCACCUGUGCCACUCUGCAGUGCCACCUACCUGUGCCCAGAAGUGCCACCUACCUGUGUCCAGCAGUGUCACCUACCUGUGCCCACCCACCUGUGCCCACCAGUGCCACCCACCUGUGCCCACCCACCAGUGCUGCCCACCAGUGCCACCCACCAGUGCAGCACCCAGCAGUGCUGCCAGUCAGUGCCCAGCAGUGAAGCCAGUCAGUGCCGUCUAUCAGUACCCAUCAUCAGUGUCACCUAUCAGUGCCGCCUAUCAGU